UUUUUUUUUUCUUCUUCUUCUUUUUCUUAUAAGUAUGGAUAAUGACAGAAACAACAUUAAAAUCCAUUAAAUCAGUUAAACGAUUUUCAUUGGCUAAUUUGACAAAAAGUUUUCAAAACAAUCAUAUAUCAUCACCACCAUCAUCACCAGAAGAGAGAAACAAUAGACGACGACCAGAUAGAACACAAAGUCUUUUUAUUAAACCACCAUCACCACCAUUAUCACCUUCAAAGGCACCUCGACCUUCAUUUCAAGAUGAAUUACCUAAAAAGUCACAUACUCAACAUAUAAAAAAAACAAUACGACGAUCACUUUCUGUUAUCAUGUAUGCCAAUCCAUCAUCAAAACAUCAAGAAGAACAAAAAAGUCAUUUAGUACCUGUUCUUGUUACUCCUAAUGUAGAGGAUCCAAUGAUAUUAAUGACUGAUAAACCUACAACAACAACAACAACAACAGAAAAGAUUAAAAACAAACGCAUUUUAGAAUAUGAUAAUAAUAUUAUCAUUGAACCCAUCCAACGAAAAAAAGAAGAAGAAGAAAAGAACGAGGAAAAAGAUGACCUUUUGAUUUUAUGGCAAGGAUAUGGUUAUACUUUAAACACCAGUACUACUCAAUCACUCCCUUGUCUUGAAACAUUUGAUAAAGAACGCUGGACAUCUUAUCAAGGUUUAAUCCAUCCAUUACAUUUAUUCAUGGAUCUUGAUGAACAACUUUGUUGGCAAGCUCUUUCUGUAGCUGAAUUACGAAGAUAUUAUGAUAAUUAUGGUUCCAUGAUGUUAAAACAACGUGAAUGGAGACAACAACAACAAACUUUACAAUACCAUCCUACUUCUUCAAUUAGCACCACCGCCUGAUUUUCUCUCUCUCUUUUUUUAUUAUUAUUAUUUUAUGCCUUAUGUAUGUUUUCAAUUUUAUGCAUUCAAAGAAAAAAUAAAAAAUAAAAAUAGAUCAUCUAUUCACAUGUUUGAACCAAUAA